GGCAUGCGCGGCCAGACGUGGCAACGCAGCGGCAUGAUGGCCUUUCGGAAACGCUACGGCAGUCGGAUGAGAGACGGGAAAAUGCUCGGUUUGCUGCUCCUGGUGUGGCUGACGUUGAUGUUGGAUGCAGUCAAAGUGUCUCCCCUCAUGGAGAAAGUGAGCGACCACAAAGACUUGAAGAAGCUGCUUAGGACCAGGACCAACGUUCUGGUGAUCUACACCAAGACAGCUACAUCCAGUGACGCCUACCUGAAGCUGCUGUCUGACGUGGCCCAGACGGUCAAGGGCCAAGGCACCAUCGCCUGGGUCAACUGUGGAGACUUGGAGGGCCGUAAGCUCUGCAAGAAAGUCAAAGUGGACCCCAGCUCCAAAAGCAGCACUGUUGAGCUGCUGCAUUACAAAGAUGGAAGCUUCCACACAGAGUACAACAGACCUGCCACCUUCAAGUCCAUGGUGGCAUUCCUGAAGGAUCCGUCGGGGCCUCCACUGUGGGAGGAAAACCCGCAAGCCAAAGACGUUGUCCACGUAGAAACAGAAAAAGACUUUAGAAAGCUGCUGAAGAAAGAAGAGAGGCCCCUCCUCAUGAUGUUCUACGCGCCUUGGUGUGGUGUGUGUAAGAGAAUGCAGCCCAUCUUUCAACAAGCUGCCACAGAGACUAAGGGACGAUGCGUUCUGGCUGGCAUGAACGUGCACCCAUCCGAAUUUGAUGGCCUCAAGCAGGAAUUCAGCGUCAAAGGCUACCCGACCUUCUGCUACUUCGAGAAGGGCAAGUUCCUCUACCACUAUGAGAACUACGGCGCCACAGCCAAGGACAUCGCAGAAUGGAUGAAGAACCCUCAGCCAGUUCAGCCAAAGACUCCCGAGGUGUCCUGGUCUGAGACAGAUUCAUCCGUCUUCCACCUGACGGACGAAUCCUUCGAUGUCUUUUUGGAGGAACAUCCUGCUGUCAUGGUCAUGUUCUACGCACCCUGGUGUGGCCACUGCAAAAAGAUUAAACCAGACUAUGAAGAAGCUUCCCAAAUACUCAACAAAGAUCCAAAGAGUCCGGGUGUGUUGGCAGCAGUGGACGCCACCAUCCACAAGGCUGUGGGGGAUCGCUUCAAAAUUUCCGGCUUUCCCACCCUGAAGUACUUUGAGAACGGACAGGAGAUGUACACACUGCCGCAUGUACGCACAAAAGACAAGAUCAUCGACUUUAUGCACAAUCCACAGGCUCCACCGCCACCAGAGCAGUCCUGGGAGGACAAGCCCUCCAGCGUCCUCCACCUUGGCUUAGAGGACUUCCGAGAGGCCCUGAAGAAGAAGAAACACUGUCUGGUCAUGUUCUACGCUCCAUGGUGUCCGCACUGUAAAAACGCCGUCCCUCACUUCAUGACUGCGGCGGAAGUCUUCAAAGAGGACCGCAAGAUCGCUUAUGCGGCGGUGGACUGCACCAAAGGACAAAACCACGAGCUGUGCAAGCAGGAGGGUGUGGAGGGAUACCCCACCUUCAACCACUACAACUACGCCAAAUUUGUGGACAAGUACCACGGAGAUCGCGGGGAAGCAGGCUUCAUCGGCUUCAUGCGCAGCCUGCGAGGCCGUGAUCAGGAGAAAGUCAUCAUGAGGAAGGAGGAGCUCUGAUGAAUAUGAACCCCCCAAUCCACCUUGAACCCUCUUCAAGGGCCCCAUCAGCACUGACACUGGGGACAAAAAUGACCUCAAAUAUUUUUUAUACCACAUUGACGUUUUUUAAA